AUGAGUCUCUUGAACCUUUUUCUAUUACUUGUCCUGCAGGUCUUUCCUCUUCUCCAAGUACAAGCGCUAUCGAGAUCAAAGGACACAGUUGAUCAGUCGGCGGUUAUCGACACGCUCCGGUUCUCACAGGAUCCCCACACUAUCGGUGCUACUUCUUCAUUCCAAGUAGGAUUCGACGUUCCCUAUGAGCGACAACAUAUCACUCUCAACUUGCAACCAUCACGACAUGUGUUGACACAGACAACAACCAUCGAGCACCUCAAGCCGAACAAGAAGUAUGGUCAGGUGAUGGACGUGAAGGGCAGCAGCCCGUUGCUAUUCAAGGGCGCUGCGUUUGUAAAUAACGGCGAUGAGCAAACACAACGGAGAGUAGGGUGGGCGCGGAUAAUGGUACGAUAUCGGGAGGGACGACAUGUAAUCGAAGGUACCUUUACCAAUGACGGCACUUAUCACCACAUUUCCCUCGAAUCCAAUUAUCGGAGGACCCGAAGACUGGAAACGAGUAACCAGAGUGAAGCGAAACGAAGGAUGAUAGUCUGGAAGGAGUUGGCCGGCAGCGAGCAUGAUGCUAUCCUGCAACGGUCAGUGUUGGAGAAACCAAGCUGUGAAGCCCAGCGAUUCGAUUCCCAGCAACUUGCAUCAGAAGAGCUUGCUCGAGCCGAGGGCGAUGGCAAGCCAAGCACCCCAGUUGGCCUCUCUCGUCGGGAUAUUCCCGACGAUUGGUUCAACCCUGCGUCCCACAUCGGCGACACUGACGGAUGCUUUUCAUCACGACGAGUCGCUCUGAUCGGAAUCGCCGCCGACUGCUCGUACACGGCCGAGUUUGACAGCGUAGAAGAUGCUCGCGACAAAAUUGUCUCAAUAGUCAAUGCUGCAUCUCAGGUGUACGAAGACACCUUCAACAUUGCCUUGGCUAUCAAGAACUUGACCCUGGCCGACCCAUCUUGUCCCUCGGAAGCCUCGACCGCCAUACCCUGGAAUCUUCCAUGCACCGAACGCAUGACUAUAAACAACCGCCUGAACAUCUUUACCAGAUGGAGAAGCGGAAAUCGCGACGAUAACGCGGUAUGGUCCCUGUUCACGGCUUGCAAAAAGGACACAGCAGUUGGAAUUGCCUGGAUCGGCAGUCUUUGCAACAAAUCUCAACGAUCAACUUACAGCAGAGGAGGCACUGCGUCUGCAAACGUCAUUGUCCACACGGCACUAGAGUGGCAGGUCUUUGCGCAUGAGUUGGGUCAUAACUUUGGCGCCUCUCACGACUGCACAUCCACUGAGUGUAGGAACGGUCGCUCUAGCUCUGACAACUGUUGUCCACUCAGUCGAUCUACGUGCGAUGCGCGUAACCAAUACCUUAUGAACCCACAUGCUAGUCGGGGAAUUGAGGAAUUUUCGCCUUGUACUAUUGGAACAAUCUGCAAUGCCAUCGGGGAGGAGGACAUCGACACAAGCUGUCUUGUGGAUGAGGAUGAUAUCCCCGACAUCAACGAUAGCCAGUGCGGCAAUGGAAUCGUUGAGCCUGGGGAAGCAUGUGACUGCGGAAGUGAUUGGCAAUGCCGUUCAAAUUCCUGCUGCGAUCCAGAUACCUGCCAACUUCGAAACGGCGCCGAAUGCGAUCCAGCCUCUGAUGGUUGCUGCACCGAUGAAUGUCGCAUCGCUAGUAGCGGCAGGGUGUGCAGAGCAAGUACAGGAAGCUGUGAUCCCGAGGAGCGCUGCGAUGGAAGUUCAGGUCAAUGCCCCAUCGACGAACAGAGCUGCGACGACCAAGAUGGUCCUGAUGAUGACUCUGAUGGAAGUUGGUUCGAUAACAACCGCACAGCUGUUAUUGCGACGGCGGCUUCGGUUGGCGGGUUGGCUCUACUUUUGAUGCUUUACUGCAUUUUCCUGUGCGUGAAGAAAAAGAAGAGGGAUAAGAAGCAAAGAGAAGCGAAACUUCGAAGUGGAAGUAUCAGCGAUGGACCGAAUGCUCCGUCAUUUGAUCAGACGAGAGGGGUUUCCCAGAUGCCGACUGUGCCUGGGAUGCCACAUAGAUAUGGAUAG